GGAAUUGGGUUAUCGACGGUUUUGAUUUUAGCUGGAGCAGGAGAUUUCAUUUUCUGAUGUCAUUUGCAUAACAAAGCGGAACAUCGAAAAUGCGGUGUGGAACUGAUACUGUUUCAGAAGCUAUUUCUGUGAGUGGUUCUUUGAUAGGAUCAAAAGCACCUGUGUCACCGGCUCGGCUUCAGAAGGUGGACGAUAAGCUGGACUUGCAGAAAGAUCUCUUAAAGACAGUUCAGGAUAAAUGUAUGAAUAUGGUCAUAAGUAUUGAUAGGUUUUUGGAUAUUGUGAUGGCAAACUUGGGAGGCUUCAAGCAGUAUGAGGACAAAGCCAAUACACAUGAUCCUACAGGAGAACCAGAAACUCUAUGGGGAAAAAUUGAUCCGAGGUCUUUUGGUGACCGUGUUGAUAAGGGAAAGCCUCAGGAGUUGGAGGAUAAACUUAAAAAGUCUAAGAAGAAGAAGGAACGUGAUGUUGUAGAUGAUACUGUUAAUCUUCGGCAGAGUAAGAGGCGACGUCUUAGGGAAGAGAGCGUUCUCACUAAUGAUAUGGAUGUUGCGGUUUAUCAGCCCAAGAGUAAUGAGACUAGGGCUGCUUAUGAGGCUAUGCUUUGUCUUAUUCAGCAUCUGUUGGGUGGGCAACCUUUGAGUAUUGUUACUGGUGCUGCAGAUGAGAUCUUGGCUGUUCUCAAGAGUGAAAAACCUGAGAAAAAGAUGGAGAUCCACAAGUUGUUGAACUAUAUUGAAGAUCGUGAGUUUGAUCAGCUUGUUUCCUUUGGGAAGUUGAUCACCGACUUUCAAGAGGCUGGUGAUUCUUCUGGUGGUGGUGAGGAUGAUGAGGAUGAUUUGGGGGUCGCUGUUGAAUUUGAGGAUAAUGAAGAAGAGAGUGAUCAAGAAGACAUUGUUCAAGAGGAAGAUUGUAAGGAGGAUCAAGAGCCUACAAGAACUGGAUGUAUGCAGGUUGGUGCUGGGAUAUAUGACGAGGAUGCAAAUGAGGGCUCAAAUCUCAAUUUUCAAGACAUUGAUGCAUACCGGCUCCAGAGAAGGAUAUCUCAAGCAUAUCAACAUCAGAUUGAUCCACAACAAUGCAAGGGCACAAGAUCAGGAACAGAGGAACCGAAUCGAGGAGGAGAUGAGGGCUUUUCAGAGUUGACAUCAAUUGUGGAGCAGUUGCAGGCAACUAGAGCUACAGCAAAGGAGAGGGAGGAGAACCUUAAAAAAAGUAUCCAUGAAGAAGCUCGUUGUCUGAAGGAAGAAGCUGGUGGAGAUGUUGCUGACAGAGAUUUAGAGAGUGGCUGGGUGAAGGGCCAGCGUCAGUUGCUUGACCUGGAGAGCUUGGCUUUUGACCAAGGUGCUCACCUGAUGGCGAAUAAGAAGUGUGACCUUCCCCAUGGGUCUUACAGAAUUCAUGGCAAGGGAUAUGAUGAAGUUCAUGUCCCAUGGGUUUCUAAAAAGGUGGAUAGAAAUGAGAAGCUUGUUAAGAUUACCGAAAUGCCUGAUUGGGCCCAACCGGCUUUCAAGGGAAUGCAACAGUUGAACAGGCUUCAGAGCAAAGUGUACGAGACUGCACUUUUUAAGACAGAGAACAUUCUUCUUUGUGCUCCAACUGGUGCUGGGAAAACCAAUGUUGCUAUGCUGACCAUACUGCAGCAACUUGAAUUGAAUAGGAACGAAGAUGGAACUUAUAACCAUGGAGAUUACAAAAUCGUCUAUGUUGCACCCAUGAAAGCCCUUGUUGCUGAAGUUGUAGGUAAUUUGUCUAAUCGUCUGAAGGAUUAUGGAGUUACUGUGAGAGAACUCAGUGGGGAUCAGUCCCUAACUGGGAGAGAAAUUGAAGAGACUCAGGUAAUUGUUACAACACCAGAGAAAUGGGAUAUCAUCACUAGGAAGUCUGGAGAUCGAACUUAUACUCAGUUUGUGAGACUUCUUAUAAUCGAUGGAAUUCACCUCCUUCAUGAUAACCGAGGGCCUGUGCUUGAAAGCAUUGUCGCUAGGACUCUUAGGCAAAUUGAAACCACGAAAGAUAAUAUUCGUCUGGUGGGUUUAUCUGCUACACUGCCAAAUUAUGAAGACGUGGCCUUAUUUUUGCAGGUUGAUCUUAAGAAAGGAUUGUUUAAAUUUGACAGCAGCUACAGACCCGUGUCUCUCUAUCAGCAGUAUAUUGGAAUCAGUGUGAAGAAACCGUCGCAGAGGUUCCAAUUGAUGAAUGAUCUAUGUUAUCAGAAAGUAUUGGCUUGUGCUGGAAAGCACCAGGUCCUUAUUUUUGUUCAUUCGAGGGAGGAAACAGCAAAAACUGCAAUAGCAUUAUGCGACACUGCAAUGGCGAACGAUACCCUGAGCAGAUUCUUGAAGGAAGAUAGUGAAAGUCGUGAAGUUCUUCUGAAUCACUUCGACUUUGUUAAGAAUUAUGACCUGAAAGGAAUUCUGCGUUACGGGUUUGCAAUUCAUCAUGCUGGGUUAACAAGAAGUGAUCGUGAGAUUGUUGAGGGUCUUUUUGCUAAAGGGCAUGUGCAAGUCUUGGUUUCCACAACAACUCUCGCUUGGGGUGUGAAUCUGCCUGCACAUACCGUUAUUAUAAAAGGAACCCAGUUGUAUAAUCCUGAAAAAGGGGCGUGGAUGGAGCUGAGUCCUCUAGUUGUUAUGCAGAUGCUUGGUCGUGCUGGAAGACCUCAGUAUGAUCAACAUGGGGAGGGUAUAAUUAUCACUGGCUACAGCGAGAUGCAAUAUUAUCUUUCUUUGGUGAAUGAGCAACUACCUAUUGAAAGCCAGUUUAUUUCCAGACUUGCUGAUCAGCUUAAUGCUGAAAUUGUGCUUGGAACCAGAAGAGCUGACUUGAUACAUUCGGCUGCUACUGUCUUGGACAAAAACAACGUGGUUAAGUAUGACAGGAAAAGUGGAUACUUCCAAGUUACAGAUCUGGGACGCAUUGCUAGCUACUAUUACAUAACCCAUGGGACCAUAGCUACGUACAAUGAGCAUUUGAAGCCAACAAUGGGUGAUAUAGAUCUUUAUCGUCUGUUCUCUCUGAGUGAGGAGUUCAAGUAUGUGACUGUUCGGCAAGAUGAGAAGAUGGAACAUGCAAAACUUUUGGGUCGUGUCCCGAUUCCAAUCAAGGAAACUUUGGAGGAGCCCAGUGCAAAGAUAAAUAGUGCUGGACGUCUUGUGCGAGCUCUCUAUGAAAUUGUAUUGAAGCGGGGAUGGGCUCAACUGGCAGAGAAGGCUCUGAACCUGUCUAAAAUGGUUAGCAAGAGGAUGUGGAGUGUCCAGACACCCCUUCGUCAGUUUCAUGGAAUUCCCAAUGAAAUUUUGAUGAAGUUGGAGAAGCAGGAUUUGGUGUGGGAGAGGUACUAUGAUCUAUCCUCACAGGAGCUAGGAGAGCUUAUUCGUAGUCCUAAGAUGGGCAGGCCGCUUCACAAGUUCAUCCACCAGUUCCCAAAAUUGACUCUUUCUGCACAUGUUCAGCCUAUUACUCGCACUGUUCUGCGGGUGGAGCUCACAGUUACACCUGAUUUCCUGUGGGACGACAAAAUUCAUAAAUAUGUUGAGCCAUUUUGGAUAAUUGUGGAAGACAAUGAUGGUGAAAAGAUCCUUCAUCACGAGUAUUUUCUUUUGAAGAAGCAGUAUAUCGAUGAGGAUCACACUUUGAACUUCACUGUGCCAAUCUUUGAACCGCUGCCAGCUCAGUAUUUUGUCAGAGUGGUUUCAGACAAGUGGCUUGGCUCGCAGACUGUGUUGCCUGUAUCUUUCAGGCAUCUUAUUCUUCCAGAAAAGUAUCCACCUCCAACGGAGCUACUGGACUUGCAACCCCUCCCAGUGACGGCGCUAAGGAAUCCAAAUUAUGAGAGACUCUAUCAGGAUUUCAAGCAUUUCAAUCCAGUGCAGACUCAGGUCUUUACUGUUUUGUAUAACACAAACGACAAUGUGUUGGUUGCUGCUCCAACGGGAAGUGGGAAAACUAUUUGUGCGGAGUUUGCUAUUUUGAGGAAUCAUCAAGAAGGACCUGAUGCUACAAUGCGUGUUGUUUAUAUUGCACCUCUUGAGGCUAUUGCCAAGAAGCAGUUUUCUAUCUGGGAGAGGAAGUUUGGGAAGGCUCUUGGUUUACGGGUUGUUGAGCUAACUGGGGAGACAGCGUUGGAUCUUAAGCUGCUUGAGAGAGGUCAGAUAAUCAUAAGUACUCCCGAGAAAUGGGAUGCUCUUUCCCGCAGGUGGAAACAGAGAAAAUACGUCCAACAGGUUAGUCUUUUCAUCGUCGACGAACUCCAUCUAAUUGGAGGUCAAGGUGGUCAAGUGUUGGAGGUAAUCGUCUCCAGAAUGAGAUAUAUUUCAAGUCAGGUCAAUAACAAGAUCAGGAUUGUUGCGCUAUCCACUUCCCUUGCAAAUGCGAAAGAUCUUGGGGAGUGGAUUGGGGCCAGUUCCCACGGCCUUUUCAACUUCCCUCCCGGAGUCCGUCCUGUUCCACUGGAGAUCCACAUUCAGGGAGUGGAUGUAUCCAGUUUUGAAGCCAGGAUGCAGGCGAUGACAAAGCCAACCUACACCACCAUAGUCCAGCACGCCAAGAACAAGAAGCCGGCUAUUGUUUUCGUCCCAACCCGUAAACAUGUCUGCUUAACUGCUGUGGAUCUGAUGUCUUAUUCUCACAUGGAUAACCCGCAGAGUCCUGAUUUCCUGUUAGGGAAACUGGAAGAACUGGAGCCUUUUGUUAGCCAAAUCUGCGAGGAAACACUGAAGGAGACACUGCGCCAUGGAAUUGGGUACUUGCAUGAGGGUUUAAGCAGUCUGGAUCAGGAGAUUGUGACGCAGCUCUUUGAAGCUGGACGGAUUCAGGCUUGUGUGAUGAGGAGUUCAUUGUGUUGGGGCACUCCAUUAACUGCGCAUUUGGUGGUGGUAAUGGGGACACAGUAUUACGAUGGGAGGGAAAACUCACAUUCUGAUUAUCCUGUCUCCGAUCUGCUUCAGAUGAUGGGGCUUGCUAGCCGACCGCUUCUUGACAAUGCCGGGAAGUGUGUGAUCUUUUGUCACGCACCGCGAAAAGGGUAUUACAAAAAGUUUCUGUACGAAGCUUUCCCUGUGGAAAGUCAUCUCCAGCAUUUCUUGCAUGAUAAUUUCAACGCAGAAGUGGUUGCAGGGGUUAUAGAGAACAAGCAUGAUGCUGUGGAUUAUCUUACAUGGACUUUUAUGUACAGGAGGCUUCCCCAGAACCCUAACUACUACAAUCUCCAAGGCGUUAGCCACAGGCAUUUGUCUGAUCACCUAUCAGAGCUGGUUGAGAACACUGUGUCUGAUCUUGAAGCCAGUAAAUGCAUUGCGACAGAGGAUGAGAUGGAACUCUCUCCUCUCAACCUUGGUAUGAUUGCUUCAUAUUAUUACAUCAGUUAUACCACCAUUGAGCGCUUCAGUUCUCUGUUGUCUUCUGAAACCAAGAUGAAGGGUCUUCUUGAGAUCUUAACAUCAGCUUCAGAGUAUGACAUGAUCCCUAUACGGCCUGGCGAAGAGGACACAGUUCGGAGACUGAUCAAUCACCAGAGGUUCUCUUUUGAAAACCCAAAAUGCACAGACCCUCAUGUGAAGGCAAACACGCUUCUUCAAGCGCAUUUCUCAAGGCAUAACAUCGACGGGAACUUGGCAAUAGAUCAGCGUGAUGUCCUUCUAUCUGCAACCAGACUUCUUCAAGCGAUGGUCGAUGUGAUUUCGAGCAAUGGCUGGCUGAAUAUUGCUCUGUUAGCUAUGGAAGUAAGCCAGAUGGUGACUCAAGGCAUGUGGGAGCGGCACUCUAUGCUUCUGCAGCUCCCCCACCUCACAAAGGACUUGGCCAGGAGGUGCCAAGAGAAUCCGGGGAAAAACAUUGAAACCGUAGUCGAUCUUGUGGAGAUGGAAGACAAAGAACGCCAAGAGCUUCUCAAGAUACCAGACGCCCAGCUUGUAGACAUUGCCAGAUUCUGCAACCGCUUCCCAAACAUCGACCUUACUUAUGAGGUUGUGGGCAGUGAAGAGGUGACCCCAGGGAAAGAGGUUACAUUGCAAGUGGUGCUUGAGAGAGACAUGGAGGGGAGGACAGAAGUGGGACCCGUGGAUUCACUCAGGUAUCCCAAGACCAAUGAAGAAGGAUGGUGGCUGGUUGUGGGCGACACCAAGACGAACCAGUUGCUGGCAAUCAAGCGUGUCUCAUUGCAACAGAAAGCUAAGGUGAAACUUGAUUUCACAGUACCGAGUGAAGCAGGAGAGAAGUCAUACACACUAUACUUUAUGUGCGACUCUUACUUGGGCUGUGACCAAGAGUACUCUUUCUCGGUUGAUGUCAAAGGAUCUGGCGUUGGAGAUCACAUGGAAGAAUGAUUUGCUGAUUCUGAAGAGUGGUAACUUGUCUUUCAAAUAGUUUGUGAGUUUUGGUGUGAGUGUUCGUGUUUUGAGUUUAAUUUGACUAUCUGUUUCAAAUUUGGUUCAUGUCUCUUGUUGUGUGUGUGUUAGCUGUUUUCUUUAAUAUAUUUGGAUAAAAGUU